AUGAAAAAAAAAUUCGAAGAGGAGAAUAAACCUUCCUACAUAUUAAAACACAAUAACAAUGAGUUCAAAAUAGACAUUUCUUAUUUUACCCAAUUACAUGAACAUAAAAUAAAUAUAUAUAAAUUACAAAGUAAUUAUGUUAAUUUAUGUUCCAGUACUUAUGUGAAUAAAAUAAAAUUAGGUUUUAAAUAUAAAUUGUUAAACAGAUAUUUGAUAGAAUUUGCACAUCCUUUUAUUCAUGUUAGAACAAUAGAAAUUAAUAAAAAGUCUUUUUUAAAAUAUGAAAACUUUGAUAAUGAAGAUGAAAAAAAUAAUAUGGAACCAAAUGAUUGUACUAAAACAAUUGAGAAUGAGAGGAACCAUAUUAAUAAUAUAAAUGAUGGGAAUAAAAAAGUUCAGAAAAUAUGGUAUAUAAUGAAUAAUUAUAGAAAUAAUUAUCUUGGUGUUUUAUUAAAUUUUAAUACAUUAGAAGAAUUUUUAAAAUGUAAUAAAGAUGAUCAUAUAAAUUAUACAUUAGAACCUUUAAAAUGUUAUAUAAAUAAUGAAAAGAAUGAUAUAUGUAAGGAUAUGAAUUUAUAUAUUCAUGACAAUAUUUAUGAUGAUACCUUUUGGGAAUAUAAAGAGAACUGUUUAACUGUUUUGGAAAAGAUAAAUAAAUAUGUAAUACUUAGUUUUUUCGAUUUAAAAAAAUAUAUAUGUUAUUAUAGUAUAGCAAAUCCUAUUAUAAAACCAAAAGAUAAUUAUUAUAAAUUAAUAAAAAAUAGUACAAGAUAUUUUUUUUAUAUAGAUUCAAAAUAUGUUUAUAUAAAUACAGAAAAUAGACAUAUCAAUAUUAUAGAUAUAUUUUAUCUGUCUUAUAAAAUAGAUGACUAUUUUAAUAAUUACAAAAUGUUCCUUAAUACUAAUAUUUUUUUAUUACUUAAAUUUGAUAAUAUUCCUCUUCAUACAAUGAAUAAUCAAGACUAUUAUGAUGAAUAUAUUAAUAAAUUGUAUACUAAUAUUGAAUGUGAAGAAGAUCAAAAAUCAAAAAAAGAGUUUUAUCAAAUUAAUAGUUUUUAUAAAUUGUUUGAAUAUUUAAAACUGAAUGAUAUAUCACAAAAUUCUUAUCACCCUAUGGGAAAUAAAUCUUUUAAUAAUCAUUAUAAUAAUAAUUCUUCAAUGUUACAUAAAAAUUAUGAUAUGGUUAUAUUACCUAUAAAUGCAUUAUCUGAAUUAAAAGAAGAUAUAAAAAAUUCAAAAGAUAAAAUCUUAAGAUAUAUUAAAAAAGAUUUUUUUGAUUUAUAUAUAUGUUUUAUUGAUAUCAAUUAUAUUUUUAAUUCUUUAUCUUGGGAUUUUAGAAAUUUAUUAUAUUGUUUAACUCUAAAAUAUAAGUUGUAUGAUUUUCAAAUAGAUGUGUUAGCUUUUAGAGAUAUCUCAUUAUUAAGGCAACAGUAUGUUGGUACCUUCAAAUCUCAAGAGGGAUUUAUUUGGAGCUAUCCCAAAGUAGUUAUGAAGAGAGGAAGUAUAAACAAUCCAAGGAAUUAUAAUGAUGAGGAUAAAAAUAAUGAUAAUAAUAAUUAUGAUGAUAAAAAUAAUGAUAAUAAUAAUUAUGAUGAUAGUCAUAAUAAUAAUUAUGAUGAUAAAAAUAAUGAUAAUAAUAAUUAUGAUGAUAGUCAUAAUAAUAAUUAUGAAGAUAGUCAUAAUAAUAAUUAUGAUGAUAGUGAUCUACAUAAAGACAUAGAUAUGGAUAAGGAUAAGAACAAUUCUUUUCAUUAUAAUCCUAUUAAUAAUUGUCUAUCUCAUCAGGAUGUGUCUUUUUGUUCGGUUACAAAAAUGUGCAAAGUUAAUUAUAAUUCUAUUAAAGAUUGUAAGAAUGAUUGGAGAGACGAUCUUACAAAUGAGUAUUCACAUGAUAUGAAUCCAAUACAUGAAGAUAUAGAACACUCAUCUAGUCAAUAUGAAAAUAAUAUGAGCGUUAAUAAUACUUACAAAAAGGAUAACAGAAACAUUAAACACAACCAUAAUAAUAUAUACCAUAAUCAUCUAGUUAAGUAUAUUUUAAAUUCGUCCUUAUUUCAGGUGACGGUUCCUGAUAAGGUACAUUUUAUAUAUGAUAAUGGAUCCAAUUAUGUGGACAUAAAUUUAAAUGGUAAAAAGGAUGAUUCAUUAAAUAAACAAGAUAUACACAUAUUAGAAAAAAAAAAAGAAGGUGACACAUGCAUUAUAAAUAGUUAUUUAAAAUCCUUUAGUGAUGAAAAAAAAAAUGAUUGUAUAGAUGUAUCUAGUAAUUUAGGGUUUAGUAUAAAUAUAAGAAAAGAAGAUAACCAUUUCACAACAAGAGUGAAGUAUAAAGAUGAAGAAAUGGAUGUAUUACAUAUUUCGGAAGGUGAUGAAAAUGAAAAUAAUAUGAAUAAUGCUACAAAUAAUAAUAUAAAUAAUAAUAUAAUAAAGAAUUAUAAAACAUUUUGUUGUGAUAAUAAAGUGUAUGAUAUUCUAUGCGGAUGGAAAUAUUAUGAAGAUAAGAAAAAAGAAAAGAAAAGUAUUAUAUCUAUAAUAAAUUUGAAUGAUUUUAUAAAUAAGGAUACAAUUCAAAGAAUAUCCUUAGAAUUAAAUAUAAAAUUAAUAAAAUGGAAGAUAUUAAAAGAUUUAAAAUUUGAACAUAUAAAAAAAUUAAAAAUAUUAAUUAUAGGAUUAGGUACCUUAGGUUGUAUGGUAGCUCGUAAUUGUGUAUCAUGGGGAAUACAACAUUAUACUUUUGUGGAUAAUUCACGUGUAUCCUUUUCUAAUAUUAGUAGACAAUAUUUAUAUACAUUAGAAGAUGCAGAGAAAUAUGGUAAUAUAGGUGAAUAUAAAUGUGUAGCAGCAAAAAAAAACUUAUUAAAAAUUUGCCCAGAUUUAAAUAUAACAGCAAAGGUAAUGGAUAUACCUAUGCCUGGCCAUUUAAAUUAUUUGAAUGAAAAUCUUGAGGAUACAAUAAAUGAGUUGGAUAAUUUGAUUAAUAAUCAUGAUGUGGUAUUUUUAUUAACCGAUUCGAAAGAAUCUCGAUAUUUUCCAUGUUUAAUGAUAGCGGAGAAGCAAUAUAAUUCUUUGAAGGAAUUACAAGAGAGUGUAAAUCAUAAUAAUAAUAAUAAUAAUAAUAAUAAUAGUAGUAGUAGUAGUAGUGGUAGUAAUAAAUUUAGAAAAGGUGAUAAUGUGUUAUGUGAAGAAGAAAAUAUGAUUACACAUGAAUAUAUAGAAAAUAUAAAAUGUACAAAAAUUAUGGAUAAGUCUUUAAAUAAUAUAUUAUUAUAUGAACAAAAUAAUAAUAUAUAUAAAUCUCUAAAUAAUAUUCAUAUGUAUGAUAGAUAUCAAGAAAUCUUUUAUAAUAAUAUUCUUACGAGUGUAAAAAGAUUAUGUAAAAUGCCUCCUUUAGGUAUUACGGUAGCAAUAAGUUUUGAUUCCUUUGUUGUGUUAAGACAUUCUUAUUUAUAUUUUAAAGGUGCAUGCUAUUUUUGUAAUGAUAUGCAUUGUCCUUCAGAUUCUUUAUCCUAUAGAACAUUAGAUGAAAAAUGUACAGUCACUAGAUGUGGUAUAAGUAACAUAAGUAGUAGUAUAGCUACAGAAUUAUUAUUAGCCUUAACACAACAUCCUUUAUAUUUUUUUGCUCCCCAUAUAGACAGAGAUCAAUAUAUAUAUAAUUAUGAUAAUGAUAUGAAUCAAAAAAAAAAUUCAGACAUUUCUAAUAUAUUCACUUCCUGUUUAGGUGCUACGCCGCAUAUAAUGAAUUUUAAUUUAGCUAAUUUUACAAUUAAAAAAAUAUUCUGUGAACCUUUUGAAAAAUGCAUGUGUUGUUCAGAACGUGUAAUACUUAAAUAUCAGGAGGAUAAAAUGGAUUUCAUACGAAAUGUUAUUAGGGAUAGUUCCAUUCUAGAAAGAAUUACAAAUAUGGAUCAACUCAAAGUUGAAGAGAAUGAUGUUAUAAUAUUGGAAUGA